AUGGCCUCCACCGGGGAUGAGCGACCGGUGAAACGGGCCCGUCAGGCCUGCGAGCCUUGCCGGCGCAAGAAGACCCGCUGCUCGGGUGAAAGGCCGAUCUGCUCGUAUUGUGAGCGACUAGGCCAGCAAUGCGUCUAUGCAACCGGGGAUUCCGGGGAAGAAGAAGUGGGAUUUGCGAGACAGAUAGGAUACCGGAUGUCGAAAAUUGAGGAUAAGUUAGAAGACUUGAUGGAUUGCAUCGGUCGACGAUCAGCUCCACCGCGUGCACCCUCGCCUACAGCCCCAGCGCCAAAUCUACAACCUUAUCCCAUAUCAUUUCAAGAUGCGCAUGAGUCGGAUAUAUCGGCUGUCCAAUUAUAUUUAACAUACUGCAACGCUCAACCUCUUUUAUUGUUUAACGAGCGUACCUCCGCUACAUCGCUCGAGACUCGGGAUCCUGAGAUUCUAUUUGCGGUUCAGGCACUUGGUAUGCGCUUCGGUGGGGGAGGGCUGACAGGUGAGCAUACACAACUCCAGAUAAGACAAAAGACAGACAGGGCAUGUCAGCUUGUCAUGGCUCGUCUCGCGGGAGGGGCGGUAGAGUUGUCGACAAUACAAGUACUUUGUCUACUUAGUAUACUGGACUUUACUGGUAGGUCUAUUCAUCAGUCGCUAUGUGGCAAUGUAAUUCGCGCUGGGUUGAAUAUCAGACUUGCUAGUUACUUCAUGGAAAACCUCAGGAUCUGUUCCCCGGAAUCCUUGAAAAACUUGGAAACGGAACGUGAUGAGCGGAAGCUAUGCCUCGCGGCUGUUAUCAUGCUUCAAAAUAUCCUGGGUUUCUCACAACGACCUAGCCAAGACGAGGGUGCGAGCUUGCAUGGAGAAUUCGGCUGGGGGCCUUCAUCUCUCCCACACAGAUCCCAAACAUCCAUGAUUCGGGGUAGUGGUGAUGCCAGGGUGGAUCGUGGCAUCGGUGUGACUAACCUCCAAGUCAGCGAGGUGUGGGCUGUGGCGUGCAAUUAUGCCGAAUCUCAUGUUGGUGUGGAUGCGCCUCCUCCGUGGUCUCCAUAUUCAGACUAUUCCAUCAUCACAUAUCGACACACAGACUUUGAUAGCCGCAUUCCGCUGAGAUACCGACUGCAUGCUAGUCGCUUUCAGGAUCAUUCACCAGUUGAGCUGCACCAAAGGCGCGACUACUGGGCGGCUUUUCUCUUUUUACAAAUGGUAUACCAUGCCAUUCCUUGUCUUCUGAACCACCCUUUCCUUCUAUCUAUGCGAUUAAGGAACUUUAGAAGGACCAUGCCACAGUCGUUCUUGCGCAAUUCCUUCGAGCAACUCACACUCCACUCGGGCUGGAUCCUACAUUUCCUUGAUCUCAUUGAGAUGAAAGGGUUCGAAGUUUCCGACCCCACGCUUGCACACUGUGUAGCAAUCGUUGCUACCAUCUACCUCCAACACAGCUUCGUGGAGGAUCCAGCUUUCAAUCAAAAAGCGCAGCUUGGAUUUGAUAAAUGCUUGCGUUUCCUACAGGCUAUGGGGCUUCGAUGGCCACAUAUUGAUCGACAGGUUCGACAACUCCAACAACUACGCGAUAGCAUCUCAGCAGGUGCCCGGAUGUCCGAUACGGAUACACCUAGUGCCUCUAAUCACAAUCGAAAAUGGUCCGUAAACCUUCAGCUUCUUUGGAAAAUUCUGGUCUACUCCCACGCAAGCAGAACUUCCAAUCCCAGCAAUGAUAUAUUCGGCCCGGGACUCGCCAAAGAUAGCAUUGAGUAUUCAAGAACCUCGUCAGCAAAUGACAUGCCCGACCCAGACUUUGCCUUGAUUGGAUCCGCGGGCAUAUCAGGCCACAAAGCCGUCGCCCCGGAGCUGGUGACAUACCCGCCAGAACAGAUUGAAAGCCCGAUGCAUGUUCUGGGGUCAGGUCAAACACCUUCAUCUGACCUUUAUGGGUCCGUUGUUGAUCCUAGCUUGGGUGUCGCGGGCGGAGACACAUUAUUUCUACAACUACAGGACUACGGCAGGGCAUUCGAGGACUGGUUGAGUCUUAAUCCGACAUGA